AGGCGCACGGAGCAGGCGGUGGGCAAGCUCGUCACGCAAGUGGGCCGCCUCGCCGCCACACAUGACGAGGAGGGGGGGUUGGGCACGGAGACGCUGAGGGAGGUGGUGUCGGCCGUCAAGAAGCACAUGCACCUCUCGCGCUCGCUGCAGAGCGCGGUGGAGGGGCUGGCGGAGCGCGUGGACGCGCAGGCACAGCUCAAGGGGGCGGAGGCCACGCCGCAGGAGGAGAAGAUACUGGCGGUGCUCAAGGCGCUGGUGGCGCAUCUGCGCGCCAAGGAGAAGGCGGGGCUCACGGACGCCGUGCUGCAGGGGCAGGUGCGCUUCACGGGGGGCAGGUGCGCUUCACGGGGGGCAGGUGCGCUUCACGGGGGGCAGGUGCGCUUCACGGGGGGGAGGGACGUGGUGGGGGUGGGGGAAGAGGAGGUGGGGGCAGGUGUGGGAGGGCAGGUGGGCCAGGGCAGGGGAGUGGAUAGGGGAGUGGAUAGGGGAGUGGAUAGGGGAGUGGAUAGGGGAGUGGAUAGGGGAGUGGAUAGGGGAGUGGAAUCUGUUGUGGUUGACAGCGGUGGGAUGGCUGCAAAGAACCGGAGAGGGGAGCAGAGGCGCAUGGAGGGGGUGGUGGGGGCGCUGGUGGGCGAGGUGCGCAACAAGACGGCGUUCCUCAGCCUGCUGCGUGCCGUGCGCGCCCAGACCGCCAUCGUCGCCAAGCUCGGCACGCGCAUCGCCAGCCUCGAGACGCGCGUGCUGCCGCCCUCUGCACUGCCCGCCGCCGCCCUCGCCACCGGCGACGCCACCGCCCUUGCCGCCUCUGCCGGUGGCGCGGGUGGUGCAGGAGGAGUGGGGGGGGCGGAGGCGUCGGUGCUGGUGGCGGCGGUGACGGAGACGCAGACGGGCAUGGCGGUGGUGGUGCGCGAGGUGCAGCGGCAGAGCGAGGCGGUGGCGGAGCUGCAGGGCAUGCUGGAGGCGAGCCGGGGCGCGGACAUGCUGCAGCUGGCGCACAAGACGCACGAGGCGCUGCACGACCUCGUGCUCGCCGUGCGGCAGCAGGGCAAGCUGCUCGUCUCCCUGGACGCCCGCCUCGCCCACAUUGAGGGCCACGUGGGGGGCGAGGGGCGCGGUGGCGCGGGGCCAGCGGAUGGCGACGUGGCGCGGCUGGAGAGGGCGGUGGCCGCCGAGGCGGAGGGCGGAGCGGACGUGCUGCAGGCGGCUGAGGAGGUGAUCGGCGGCAUGGCGGGCGCGCAGGCGCAGGGCGGGGAGCAACCGCAGGAGGGGCAGGGCGAGCAACAGGGGGGGCAGGGGGAGCAGCAGGAGGGGCAGGGGGAGCAGCAGGAGGGGCAGGGGGAGCAGCAGGAGGGGCAGGGGGAGCAGCAGGAGGGGCAGGGGGAGCAGCAGGAGGGGCAGGGGGAGCAGCAGGAGGGGCAGGGGGAGCAGCAGGAGGGGCAGGGGGGGCAGCAGGAGCAGCAAGAGCAGGGGCAGCAUGAAGGGCAGCAAUCGAAUAAUGGAGAUUUGGCAGGUGAGGUUGUGCUGGUUGGUGCUCCUCACACCAGUUAG